UCUGGCUAUGUGGAGUUCACAUUGCCAACGUUCUUUGGUUCUUGUAAUCAGAUCCAGUUCGCUUGAGCCAGCAUCAACUAAAAACGUUUAGAAAACAAACCAGAUAAAAUCCUUGAGCUAGCUGAUGCUCGAAUCUAUAAAUAGACUUGAAUACCUGAGUGAGUAUGUGCAAUUCAUUCAGAGUUAGCUAUGGCUCGGUGCAGCAUCGCAAUUCUUCUUAUCGGCGUCCUCUUUUUCUUCAAUACUCUUGCUUGCACAGCGAAAGUGGAUUUUAAAUGUGAACAGUAUCGCGUCAUAAAGGACAUGGAUGGAAAUAUUGUGAAAAAGACGCAUGAAGUGUGGUAUCCUGAUAUCUUAUCGGAAAGUAGUUUGUCGGAGGCCUUGUGCGUCGUAAAUAAUGGUAGCUGUAUAUAUACUUGUGGAAGCAGAGAAAUAUUUGAUGAUUCAAUUGAACCCAUAAGUAUUAUGGCUGAUUGCUUCCUGGAUGAUGUGACCAAAAACAAAGUGUGUGCCUGUUGCACUAAUCAUUUCCCGGAGCAGAAUAGUUCCGGGGCGUACACAGUGGUAGUAAAUAUUGAUGUAUCUGGACCGUCGAUGAGUAAUUUGGUACCCUUGCUGAUUCUUGAACGAGGAGGUAAAAUAUAUCUUUAUGAACCAAAGGUUGUGCUUGUUUGUUUUUAAUGUAAUUCAUUUGUG